AUGAACAAGCCAGCUCGAAGGCGCUCCUCGUACAAGAACAUCGAAGACCAAGAACAACAACAACAACAACAAACAAAUGCUAGCUCGUCAACCAACAACAGCAGCAACAGCAACAACGGAAACGUGAUGGAUGGCGCGCACCGCAAGAUCGAGCUGCAGUCCCCAGAGGACCUGACCUUCCUCAUCAACAACGUGCGCCGCGCCGCCGAGGAGCACAUCAACGCCGCGUUCCCCCCCGUCGACGGCCAGGACGACGCCGCCGCGGGCGAGGACGAGCUGCGCGUGAGGAUCGAGAGGCUCGUCACCGAUUACAUCUCCCAGACAUUCACCCUCGCAGCCCCCAACCUCUCCAUCAACGGCUUCGACCUCGACGCCAAGACCUUCCCGGCCGUGUAUCUAGGAUCACCCGCGACAUCAUCCUCGUCGGGUCGCAACCUCCGGCGCCGCGGCGGCGACACCCAGCCGCAGGAGGAAGUCCAGUACGAGGCGUUCGACGCGCGGCGGCGCGCCCGCGUCGAGGAGCUCGCGCGCGAGGAGGAGGACCUGAUGCGCGAGAUCGCGGCGCUCAAGCGGUGCGUGCCCGCCGCGGCGGCCAAGACCUACGCCGACGGGUUCUGGGAGGGCGUGCGCGUGGACGAGGAAGCGCUCGCGAAAGCGUUGGAUGCCGCCGCCGCUGCUGCUGCUGCUGCGUUGCCCGGCGGGCAAUAUCAGGAGGAGGAUGGAGAGGAUAGGAAGAACGGCAGUAAGACUAUACUGGACGGUAUAGGGCCGCUGGAGCGGCAGGCGGGCGUGGAAGCGAGCUACGAGGGCGUGGUCGAGACGCUGGGGCGCCUGAAGAGGGAGAUGCCUGCCACGGUGGCCAAGAUGGAGAGGGCGAGGGUUGCUGGCGAGUAUGUUGUUACGGAGAGGUGA